AGAGCUUGGAGGCUUGAUUACCGUGCGGCGAUCGGUUCUCGGCAUUAGUUUCCUUGCAUUGCUUUACGAGACUGUCGAUUGAUCUUCGCGUUUGCGUUUCGGUAUUUUUCCACUAGUUUUCAGCGUUCAGAGACGAGGAUUUUUGGUUAGACAACAUGGCGAUGAGGAUGGUGGCUCGCAGACUGCUAAACCCUAACGGGGAGGCUCUUCUUGCACGAUCUGUGGUGCGGCGGGAGAUGAGCAGUACCGGAAAGAUGUUCCAGGAGGAGGAAAGAGCUGCUGAAACUAUCUAUAUCAAGAAAAUGGAACAAGAGAAGUUGGAGAAGCUUGCCCGAAAGGGAUUUUCCAAGGAGGAAGCCCAGAAAGCCGUUAGUGGUCAUCCUGAUGCUCAUCCCGAGGCUGUGAAAAUAGCUAACGAGACAUCAUCAUCGACCGUCUCAACUGAUAAAACCACAAACUAUGCUGUCAUUGGUGGAAUCGUUGGAGCGGUUGCCAUUGGAUAUUGGUACAUGACUGGCGGAUCUUCUUCCAAGAAGGAGAAGGAUGACAAAGAAUAGAAUUUCACUUCGUUUUUUUUUCGACGCAGAGAAGGGUUAAAGGAGACAUGUUUGAGUCACUGGAGUGUUGGGACCAUACAUUUGUAAAUUUGUCUCUGCAUUUCAGUACUAUCUCAGGAGCACGCCUAGCAGUCCUUAAAUUUGAAUGGGUACGAAGUUGGUCUGUUACUUGUAGAAUGUAAUAAGUUGUGAAGAAUCGGUUAUCGCUGUAUCUUUGGUAAUAAGCGAGUCGUAUCAAUUCACAUGGUUCUGCAUUUCUGUUCGA